CGGGCGGCAGCAGCGCCCCGGGAGCAGAGCAGUUCUUGAAACCCCAAACAAAUUCCUGAAAAUCUUACAAGAACCCCGAGGAACAGCUCUGAGACGCAGAGGAAAGUAUAGUUCAUGGAAAUCUAAGGAAUUUCAGCAUCUUGAGAAUAUAUGAAGAGGGGGGUCAGAAUUAAGAUGUGAUUCUUUCCUGUGAAACCUUAUAUGGAAAUCUCAGAAACCAAAGGACUUUAGGACUCUGUGCCAAUCAAGAGUUACAUUAUAAUUCAGGGUUUGUUCUACCUCUCAUUUGUGUUGCCUUCUAAUAUCACACUUCAAGAAACAGCAACUAAAUUUAACGAUUCCACGUGUAAUCCAAAGAAAUCUGUUCAAGUGGACAUCUGUCAGCAGUUGAAAAUACUCACCCAUGGAAUGAGGGUAGUAAAAAGCUCAUAAUGGAAAAAUACUAAAUGUCACAGUUAAAAGCUAGGUUACUUGAAUUUCAAUAGAGGAGCAAAAAUGCCACCACCUGCAGCUGCACCCCCACUGCACACACCUCCGGAUGGAGGGUGGGGCUGGGUAGUGGUGGGUGCCUCUUUUAUCUCCAUUGGAUUCUCAUAUGCAUUCCCCAAAGCCAUCACAGUAUUCUUCAAAGAAAUUCAGCAAAUAUUCAACACAUCCUACAGUGAAAUAGCAUGGAUAUCCUCCAUCAUGCUGGCUGUUAUGUACGCCGGAGGUCCCAUAAGUAGCGUUUUGGUGAAUAAAUAUGGCAGCCGCCCCAUCGUAAUAGUAGGAGGCUGCUUAUGCUGCUUGGGAAUGGUGGCCGCCUCUUUCAGUAGCAGCGUCAAGGAACUUUACCUCACUGUGGGGUUCCUGGGAGGUCUGGGCCUGGCCUUCAACCUGCAACCAGCCUUAACCAUCAUCGGCAAAUACUUCUACAGGAGACGGCCUGUGGCUAAUGGAUUGGCCAUGGCAGGAAGCCCUGUUUUUUUGAGUACAUUGGCUCCUUUCAAUCAGUACCUUUUGAAUACUUUUGGCUGGCAAGGGAGCUUUUUGAUUCUGGGAGGCAUACUGUUGAAUGCCUGUGUGGCCGGGGCCCUCAUGAGGCCAAUUGGCCCCAGACAGACUGCUUCCAAGUCUAAAAUUAAGCUUGACGUAGCAUCAGAUGAUGCAGAUGUGAAGAAAAGCCAUAAGAAGAUGUCGCUCUAUCAGAAAGUCAAUAAGUAUUUAGAUUUCUCCCUUUUUAAGCACAGGGGCUUUCUGAUCUACCUAUCAGGAAAUGUUAUCAUGUUCUUUGGGUUUUUUGCCCCCAUUAUAUUCUUAGCUCCAUAUGCUAAGGACAAAGGCAUUGAUGAAUAUUCUGCAGCCUUCUUGCUGUCUGUUAUGGCUUUUGUAGAUAUGUUUGCCAGGCCUUCUGUGGGAUUAAUUGCAAACUCCAAAUUUAUCCGGCCCCGAAUCCAGUACUUCUUCAGUCUUGCGAUCAUGUUCAAUGGAUUGUGUCAUCUCCUGUGUCCUUUGGCACACGACUACACGACACUUGUGUUAUAUGCCGUAUUUUUUGGGCUUGGCUUUGGGAGUGUUAGCAGUGUCCUUUUUGAAACUCUCAUGGACCUCGUUGGCGCUGCAAGGUUCUCCAGUGCGGUGGGACUCGUCACCAUUGUGGAGUGUGGUCCUGUUCUUCUUGGUCCUCCCCUGGCUGGUCAGUUGGUGGAUAAAACUGGAGAAUAUAAAUACAUGUAUAUGGCCUGUGGCGCUGUUGUGGUUCUAGCGAGUGUGUGGCUGCUCAUUGGUAAUGCUAUAAACUAUAGAUUGCUUGCGAAGGAAAAGAAGUUGGAAGAAGCAAAAAAGGAGAAGAUGCACAGUCCUGAUUCCACAGAAUCUGAACCAUUGAACAAAAGUAAACAUUGCGAAGUUAGUAUCAAAAGUUCGAGAGAAGGGGCCGCUCCUUCAGAAAGAGAGACUAAUAUCUAAAAAGAAACACAUCUCUGGUUUCAGUGUUUAUGACUUUGCUAGGACUUUUCCCCCCAAAUAUCAUUUUUUUUUAUUGUUGUGGUGAGUCAUAAUUAAGGAUGGAGAUGAUAUUUUUCUCAAUGGCAAAUUUUAAUGAAGUCUUUUUAACAUUUUAUUUGGUUCCUUAAAUUUGAGAUUCUACAUAGAGCGAAUCUGUGCAAUGGGUUUAAUUAAGUGCGUGACUCUGAUCGUGGUGGCUGAAUAAUUUUAAAGUCUUCUAGAGACUUUCAGGCUUGGUUAUAGAGAUGUGAGUUCCAAUCCCGGUAUAAGCAGUGAGUAGGAGGAUGUUUAAUCUCAUAAAGUGACCCGUCUCCACAUAUCAUUUUUCUUUUUGACACUAAAGUAUCAAAUUGAAGGAAAAUGAGUUUUUUCCCUCUUGUGUGCGUACAUAUGUACUCCAUUCUCUCUUUCUCUCUCUCUCGCUCACACACACUCACACAAUUAUGCACACACUCAUAGAGUGUCUGGAGGAAAAAAAAAAGACCAGUUCAAGGGGGAUAUUAUCACUGCAAUUUUUUAAAUAAAAGAAAAACCCACAGAAUAAAAAUAGAUGUAUUGUAUCUCCAUUGUGCUUUACCAUGUGGAUCGUAAAACCCGACAAGAACAUGGGUGAAAACGAGGAUGGUCUUAAUCUGAAAUUGCAAGUCACUGCUGUAAAAAAAAUUGCAUUUUUUAAAUAAAUUUGAACAAAAGAAAAAACUCCACUUUAAACCAUUAUUUCUGAGCACUGUUAGGUUUGAUUAAUUCACGCACAUGAUUUUUUUGGAGGGAGGCGUUGAGGACCUGGUGCUAGAGAACAGAACCCUCAGACAAUUUUCAGAAUCCUCAGUUAAUGUGUAAAUCAAGUUAAAAGCCUAAAUGACUCCUAGCAAUAAGCUACGCCCAUUGAUUUUAGAAGAGGCUACCUAGAAAUCUAUAAUUUGAUAACCAGGGAUUUCUUUUAAACAGAACUUAAUUCAGACGAACCGUAAUACUGCAGCCUCAAAGUGGAACCAGUCAGAAUCCUGACUGAUAGGUUUACAAAUAGGUCAAAUUCUAAUUUUUCCCAGCAUACAGUGAUGAUCAAAGGGUUCCUGCUGGGAGUAAUCCAUCUGAUUAAAACCAUCUAAGAGUGGGAGGUGCUUCUAAUGAGGCUGCUAAGCUCUCAUUUCCCUCCCCUUCCCAAAAUGCAAAAGCAAAAAAAUUAAAAAAAAAAGAAAAUUACAGACCUUUUAACUCAGUCUCUGAAAAUACCUCAUUGUCUAAGAAGAACAGCACUUGAAUUCCCUCCUCCCCAGGGUGAGAUUUCACGCUGCCUGUGGACAUAACUAAGCCAGGAGAAUGUAAGAAAAGGCUUUUGGAACUGAAGGCUGAGUGUGACUUGAUAGCCACUUGUGCGGUGUAGGUAGAGCUCUUAACGCGACAGUGAGAAGCAGGCAGUGCUGCGGCCCAGGCUAAGAGAGAAGAGUUUCUCGUUCCCAUCGCUCUACGAAAGCAUCUGGGAAUCAGAAUCACUUUUGAAUACAGAGGCCUAGGAUAGUUCUGUUUGUUCCGAACUGUAAAUACCAUUUCAAGUGAAAAACGUGCUUUUAAACAAGAAGAAAUUGCAUUAUUACGACGAGUUAUAAAUAUUUAUAUCUAGAAUCUGAAAUUUAAAUGAAGUUCAUGAUUAAUAAAAACAUUGAGUGCUUGAUUAUUGAAGUGAUGUCACUCUUAAGAUGUCGAAAGGAGUUUGCAGUACAUUUUUUUUUUUUUUAAUUUCUGUAGAGGUAGGUGCUAUUCUUCUUCCCUAUAAAAUUGCUCCUGGAUACCAAGCUUUUGUGUUGGUUCAUGUUAAGGAUUUGAUUUGUAAAUAUAUGCACUGUUUAGGUACGUGGAUUUUACCUAAGUUAUAUGAAAUUCCAUCAUUCAUUUGACGUUUGCUUAUUUCCAUAUGAAGAAGUAUUCAUAUUUUCAAAUAUUAAGUAAAGCAGGCUGUGCCAAUAAAAUAGGCAAAUAAAUCAGGGACAAUGUGACAGUCUAUGGCUAUUUCAAUUUAAUUCCAUCUAAUCUUGAGUCUUGAAUUAGCUUUUUCGUAUUAGUGCUUUUACAUCUCGCUCUCAAUAUAUUCGUCACAAGAAAUGCAACAUCAUAAAUUGUGCAGAAAUUCUCACACCGUUCCAUAACAUGUCGUGAAUUCUUUGAAGAUACACAUUUAAAUUAAUACAGAUCUCAGACCCCCAGGGUAAAUAAACAGCAAAACAAUAAUGUGGAGCCCUAGAUUCUGCUGGGAAUAUGGGGGUGACUCCAUCCCGCAGCUUUCUCCAUGGAAGGAGUCAUAUUUACCAGGGAUGAGUUUAUCAGGGCAAGCCAGUUUGUGUCUGUUCUGUUGCUCCCGGGUCACCUUACCUCACUUUUCAUUUCAAACACUGAGUUUAUUAAAUUGUUAGAAAGAGGAAAGGGAAGUCAACCUGCACAUCCACAGCGCACGAGCUGAGGCAUCAGUCCUGCCCCAGCGGCACUGCACACACCACAGAUGGGCCCAGGUGCGGACUCCCGGACAUAAGGCGCUUUAGAAUGAAAUCAGAGCACCCUGGAAGCAGGGGUGCAAGCUCACAUCCAGGAGCCGCAACUGUUCAAGGGCAAAGUAAGCUUGUCUUCAUGUUCACUCUUCCCGUUCCUGUAAAUGUGUUAUCCCUGAAGCCCCUUUUACGUCCCAUACCUCGGUUACAGAGUGGUGCAGACGGCAGUGAAUAUAAACCAGGGUCUCACGAUCAUUCUCAGCAUAGUCAGCUUUAAGUUGGUCCAUGUGUGAAAACGGAGCACCCCCCGGUAGUCACUAUUGAACCUUAGACAUGCCUCGUCUACUGAUAGCAUGUUGGCGAUCCAUCGCCUUGCCCUCACCCUGCCUUCUUCCCCAAUCCCCUUUGUGGGUCUAACCAGCACACACUUGCGAGUCAGUGGGUUGCUCUGGUGUAAUUUAUCUUGGAAGACAGGAUUUUUUCUCAGUAUGAAUUCACGUGAUUCAUAAAUUUCAUUUCUCUAUUUCCAGCCACCUUGAUUCAUGGGCUCCUCUUAAACACUAGGAAAUAAAUAGAAUAACUGUAUUUGACUACGUAUUUUUAAUCUAGUUAUCUUGACUUAUCCUUUGACAGCAUAUGGCAAUUAAAAUAUAGAAAAGACCCAAGAUGUGUGAUAUGCUUUCCUAUUGAUGUUAUAAGAUACAGUAAUAUCCUUCAUCAGUGAGUUGACACUUAUUUUGCAUUUGAAAACGUACAUUAAAAAAACUCUCGAAUGUAAAAUGUAGAUUUUUAAUACGAUUUAAAAGCAUGAUUAUGUUCCUUAGGGAGAAGGCAUGCAAAGUGGGAAAGAAACUAAAUUAUGCCCUACAUUUUGCUUAUAUAAUAAGAUUUACUAUUCAACAUAAAGCAUCAUGGGUAGAUGGGUAGUUUAGUGGCCUGAUAUAGCAGGAUAUAGCAGGAUAUAGGAUGUCAUAAAACCAGAACUGAAACUCAGUUUUAUCUCAAAGCAGAAAGAGCCCCUAGGCUGUUAAUGUUAGAAGCUGCAGAAGCAAAGUCAAGUAAAAUGGAGACUCAGAAAUGUAAACACUACAUUGUAAGUCAA